AUGACAGAUGAAGAAAGAGUUGAAGUUUACCAUGCUUUGCUGGAAAGAAGUAACAAUGGAAAGCUAUUGAAAAACAGCACGAGAGAGGUUUCGGGUCUAUUAGAUGUGCCAUUACAAACAGUGCAAAAUAUAUGGAAGAGGGCAAAGAAUACUGGUUACGGUGAGGUUGUUGAUGUGUCCCACAGGAGGAAAGGAAAAUGCGGUCGCAAAAAGAAGCAGAUUGACUGGCUUAAAGUUGUAGAUAUUCCGUUACAUCGUCGAACAACAAUAAGAUCAUUAGCGGCAGCUUUGGGCAUGAGUCCAACAGUCGUGUUUCGAAGUCUAAAAGAAGGCCAACUGAGACGUCAUUCUAAUGCCAUCAAGCCACUAAUAAAAGAAGAUAACAAAAAAACUCGGGUAAAAUUCUGCUUAUCUAUGCUUAAUAAAAAUGCAUUGCCUCAUCAACCAAAGUUCGUCGAUAUGUACAAUGUUGUACAUAUCGACGAAAAAUGGUUUUACAUGACUAAAAAGACGCAGACAUAUUAUUUACUUCCCUCCGAAGAGGAUCCGUUACGCACAUGCCAGAGCAAAAAUUAUAUUAGUAAGGUGAUGUUUUUGGCUGCUAUGGCUCGUCCGAGAUAUGACGGAGAAGGGAAUGAGACAUUCUCGGGGAAAAUAGGAAUAUUUCCCUUUGUUACUUUGCAAAAAGCUCAAAGACGAAGCUGCAAUAGAGAAGCAGGAACCAUGGAAUUAAAGCCGAUGGUAUCGAUCAAAAGAGAGGAUAUAAAACAUUUCUUGAUUGAAAAAGUUCUUCCGAGAAUAUACGAGAGGUGGCCAGCUGAAGAUUUUGGAAAAACAAUCUUUAUUCAGCAAGAUAACGCCAAGACACAUGUUACUGUCAAUGACGAGGAAUUUCAAGUAGCUGCUUUACAACAUGGAUUGGAUAUCCAGUUGAUGUGCCAACCUCCAAACUCACCAGAUUUGAAUAUUUUUGAUCUUGGGUAUUUUCGAGCCAUUCAAGCGUUGCAACAUCAUGUUUGUCCCAAGACAGUAGAAGAUCUUGUCACUGCGGUAGAAGAGGCAUACGAUGAAUAUCCUCCAAAUCUAGUCAAUCGGGUUUUUUUAACUCUCCAGUCAUGUAUGAUAGAGAUCAUGAAGAUUGGAGGUGGAAACAAUUACAAAAUUCCACAUCUGAAGAAAGACACAUUGGAAAGAGAAGGACUUCUACCUGUUCAAAUGGAUUGCGAUCCCAAUUUAGUAGAAGAGGCGAUGAAUUAUGUGGCAUGUUAG